CCAAUCCGUGACAUUCUCCUCUGUCUCCUCCUCAGAGCUGCUAAUACAUAUACCAGAUUCUUCUCCGCUUCCCUUCAUUGUCAUCUCCCUACUGUUAAUUGUUGUUUCAGUGGCUACUUGUGUCGAAAAUUCUAAUUCUUAGUAUCUGAUAUUAAUUGGCUGCAUAGUUAUGUGUGCCAAUAAUAAGUAAUAUCUGUACACAAAAAGUUAUGUCACUCCAAGUGAAACUUUGAAAUAUACUGGUGAAUAAGUUGGCCAUAAGGUGGAAAAAUGAGAGAAAUAGCGAGAGGCUCUAACUAUAGUUCCGGGAUGUCUGAUCCCAAACGUGAUAGGGACAGCGACCGGGACUCACUGACUGGGUGGACACUGAUAGACAGAGAAGGAACACCAGAAGACUCUACUGGUGAUGGCCCACAGCAAGAUGAAGAUGAAGAUGGGUCAGAUUCCAAUGUCGCUCCGGAAGGUGCAGGAGCUGUUGUGGUAGAUGAAGAGGAAGAGGAUGUAGAUGAGGAAGAAUCUGGAUGUGGCAUGGAGGAAGAAGAGGAUGGUGGAGACGAGGAAGCACUGUCAGAUGACCUCGUGUCAAUGGGUCAGAGGGUGCAAGAUAUCAAGGGUGAGUCCGUCAAGGCAUCCUCGGGCUCGGACUCCAGCGACAUUGAGACACUCGAGUGCCCAGAUUCUGAUGACUUUUAUGAAGACCACGCCCUGGCCUACGAUUCCAUGCACUCUUCCCUGUUCUCCUCCUCCUUAUGCAGUUUUACAUUUGUGGGUGGUUCAGAUGAGGGAGAUGUGGAGAGUCUUGCAAGCACUGACAUAUCUGUCUUGGAUGCAGAGAAGGAGAAACUAGUAGAAGAAGAGACUGACCUCUCCCUAGCUUCCUCACCGUCUCUCCCAGAUGAUCUUCCAGCAAUAAAGCCUGACACUCAAUACCGCCACACCCCAGACAAGGACCUCAACAGCCGUCUCAAUGUUGUUGUGGCUCUAACUCUUGCGUGUGUACUUGGACUUGGCAUAGGACAUUUUCUUGGACUAAUGGCUCUAUCAGUGGAUGAAGAAUCAGAAGGAUGGUCCAGCCGCACUGUAUGGCAAGAAAGUUUGAACUCGGCCCAGGUACGUAGGCUGCGUGAACUCCAAGAUGAUCUGGUGUCUUGCAUGAACACGCCCCUCCAGGCUUCCCCACAUUCAGCCCCAGAAUUCUCACUUGAUACUUCUUCUGCAUCAAUCAUGGAUCAGUAUCAAGCAGAAGCAGAUUCGGAUAAUCCUAACUACCAAAGUGCUUCCUUCAUUCCAGUUUUGACUAAUGGAGAUGAUGAUGGUGUUUUGAAUGAUGAAUCUUUUGUAGAAUCUCUUAUAAUGCCUUUAGAAGAUGCUGGAGUUGUUCUUAACCCAAGUAGAAGAAAUGUUGAUAGGUCAUUUGUGCAUGGAAAGCCAAAUGGUCCAAAACUCACCGAUCCUACAUUUACCAUACCUGAUCUCAUGCAUGAUAAGCCAAAUUUGGUAGCUGAUCAACACAUGGAACCUGUAAGAGAAAUCCAGGAAAUACUAAAUACCAUUCCAGAUCCUUAUGUAUCAACUAACAUGGAAACUUUGGCAGCAAAUGAUGCAGAAUAUUCCUCAUCUCCACUUCCUGUAUCAUCAGAAAAUGUGGAAGUUUUCUUAGAAGUGGAAGAAACAGAACCAUCAUUUGAAAGCCUAACCUCCAGAGACACUAAUUUGUUGUGUGAGCGUUCCUCUGCUGUUGAAUUGCCACACCUUGACCAGUCCCUCCCAAGUGGUUGUGCUUCAUCCCAGUCAUCUGAGGACUUGUCUGGAGAAGUGGAAGAGGACUUGGCUACCGUGUUACCUUCUUCUAUAGUAGAUGAGUUGCAGGUUCUUGAGGCCCUGAACAUUGAGAACGAAAAUUUAGAAUCUGAAGUUAUUCAGCUUCAACAGGAAAACAUCGCACCUAUUAAGAUACGUGGCAAGGACGGCAAGUAUGCUCGAGAUUUACGAGAAAGAAUCAAUCGACUUGUAGUGGACAAUGAAGAAUUGCGCUUGGCUAUAGGUAAGCUUCAGUAUGCUAACCUGCCUGAUGGUGACCCUGAUGCUUUCACUUCUGCUGUUGAAAAGAACUUCAACCUUCGACUUGCCGUUGGUAAACUCACUCAUCUCGGUCCUGACCUAAAUGCAUUGCGAGUUUCGGCUAACGAUCUUCAAUCAGAGAAUGAAGAGUUAAAGAUUCAAGUUGGUAAACUUCGUUAUCAGCAGCAACCACUGCCUCAAGAGCUGAACGCUUUAGCCCGAGACUUAGAGAAGUUGAAGAAAACAGUGGAGGAAGCUUCAUUUAAGAGAAAUGUGCCACCAAACCUUAACAAUGCAAAAUCUUAUAUCUCAUAUAUGUCUCAGGUUUUGUCCGCUAUUCAAACCUUGCAUGAGUUUGACGAAGGAAGUUUUGCAGAAAAGAUAGAUGUUGCCACAGAUGUCUUUGAGGAUCUGAUACCUGGAAAUGUCAAACUCUCUUCCCCAGUGCAACAGAAGCUUAAUGUUGUGCGGUCAAAGUUCUCUCAGAUUCGUGCCUCCUUAUCAAGAAAGUGGGAGAAGCUCAAGGAACUUAGCCAUCCAAGAAAAAUAGUUGCUGUAGGUCGUGACACCCUCACCAAGAUGAACCGAGUGAUUGUUAAUGUUGUGAACAAGAUGAAGGAGAUUGGUCAAGUAAACAUUAUGAAACGUGGCAAAGUUUCAGUGGAGAAAACCAUUAGCACGUUGGCAGAACACCUUACAGCUCUUGGCUCUCAGUUUGAUAAGACCUGGAAAGACUUAGAGGCUGAAGUGGUUGAAGAAACUGAAGAUGAUCCUGAACUUAUGGAUGAGGAGGAUGUUGGUGAGGAUGAGGAAGACCCAGAAGAACCAGAAGUGUUAGUAGCUGUACCAGAGGAAAUUGAGGUAACUGCUGAUGAGGAGGAAGAAAAACUGAUGGAGGAGGAAGAUGAGGAACAAGUCGAAGAUGAAGAAGAAGUUGAGGAAGAAACAGUAGCAGAAGUUGAGGAAGAAACAGUAGCAGAAGAAGUUGAGGAAGAAACAGUAGCAGAAGAAGAAGAACCCAAAGAGGAGGAAGAUGAUGAUGAUGAUGAAGAAGUAGUCACUGAAAAAGUUAGGGGGGAAAUAUUAGAAGGGAAAGAAGAACCAGAGAAAGCUGUUCAAGAGGAAGAUGCUGCAUCAUCUGGGCCCUCUAGUGCUGCAACUAUGUCUCAGAAGGGAGGAAAUGGAGGACGAAGAGGUGGAGAUAAGAAGAAAUUACCAGAUGACAAGAAGGAAAAGAAAAUUAAAAAGAAGAAAGAGAAGGAGGAAGAAAAGAAGCACGAAGGCAAGCGGCACAGAUCGAGAAGGAACAGACUCAGUGAAAAGGAGGAGAAGAAAGAGAAAAAGAAUGCACAGAAAAAGGAGAAUGAAGAAAAAGAAUCAAAAGAAAAACAGAAUAAAAAUAAUCAAGAAAAUUCCAAGUCAAGAGAUAAGAAAAAUGGAAAUAAAGAUAAUGAGGAUAAAUCUCGUGGUCACUACCAGAGAAAUGGAAAAGAUAGAAAUAUACAGGAGAGGGAAGAAAACAAACGAUAUUACAAAGGACAGUAUAACAAGUAUGAUAAAAAGCACCAUACUAAUGAUGAUGAUGACGACGACGAUGACGACGAUGACGACGAUGAUGAUGAUGAUGACGACGACGAUGAUGAUCACAGAUAUAAGAGAAAGCACUACAAGAAGAAAAAAUAUGAUGAUGAUGAUGAUGAUGACGACGACGAUGACGACAGUUAUAAGAAGAAACACUUUGUGAAAUAUGAUGAUGAUGACGACGACAACCGUAAAAGAAAAGGACUGAUGCGUCACUGGCAGAAGCCACCUAAGAAGAAUUACCCCAGAGAAUACACUGGGCCUAAGAAAGCAUUUAUCCGGCGACGUGGUAAGAAUCACACACAACAUUACAACGGGGAUUGGGUGAUUAAGAGAGCAACAGGUCGUGAGCAUAAGCGUAAAGAGAGUAAUAAGGCUGAUUGGUUGUUUGAACGAGCAAAGGACAGGAACAACAUACGAAACAGGGAACACAAGGCAGACUGGCAGUUUGACCGAGCACAAGGAAGGAAGGAUUUGAGGCAUGAUGAUUAUAAAAAAGACAGGCUGCAGGAUCAUGACACGUAUGGCCACACUAAGUACGAGAAACAUGAGACUCGUAGGCGUUAUGUAAGAUUUGAUGAGGAUGAUGAUGAUAAUGAUGAUGAUGAUGAUUAUUAUUACCAUAAACAGCAGGAGAGAAGAAGAGGUGGACAUGGGCAUCAUAAGUACAAUAAAAGGAAGGACCAACGAGAGUGGGUCAUUCCUAACUUUAGCGCAACAGGAAAAACCUAUUACCGUUAACCAGUAUCAUCAGACUCAUUGUAUCUCUAUGCUUUUAGAUGUAUAUUACCUUAUCAUAAGUAUAUUCAGGGGGUAGCUCAAGUUAUUGCCUCUGGGAGGGAAGCCGUUAGGUUAUUAGAGUAAUGCACUCAAUCCAGUGAUAUAAGUUUCACAAAGUAAUAGGUUACACUUGGUCAGAUUUCAGUUAAAUUCUUUCACUUACUAAAGAAGGUUAUUGUCUAAAAGAUAUUUAUUUUAUAAUGUGUAACCUUAAUGUGUACUUUACACAUAUGAUAUUACUUUAUGCCUUCAUCAUUUUUUGCCAGAAGCAAGAAACUACUAUAAUUAUUCCACACCCCAGUAGUAUAAGCAAGGCACAUGCUGAUCAUGAUAUUCACUCAGAAUUAACCAAUGGUUUACUAUAAGUUUAUAAAAAUCACAAAUUAUUUUUUCCUUGCAAGUAAAUUUCUUAUUGAUUACAUUACUGGAGGAUUCUUUUCCACUUUGUAGAUUAUAUUUUAGUUACUAGUGAUGUGGAGUGUGUGGUGACUGAUUUGUAGACUCUGGGGUAUGCAUGAUUUUUAUCAGUGAUGAUAUUCCGAAGUAAUAAGUAUUUCACAAAGGAUAUAAAAUAUCAAGAAAAAAUAAAGCCUUUUUAUUUGGUGAGUAAUAUUCACGAGUUUUAUACCCUGUAAUGUACUCCCAUUGGAAAGCUAAUUCUGUACAGUGUUUUCAUUAAUACAAGUCAUACAGUAACAUUACCCAGUUGACAGAUCUUAAAUAUUCUUGGUACUAUAUGAUUAAUAAGUAAUUCAUGCUAAUUACCUUGUUGAUGAGGUUGUACAUGUAUGAUAACAUGGAAUAUCCUUAUGCAUUCUUUAUUGCUAACCUGUGUACUAUACUGUACUAAGAAUGGCUCAUGAAUGAUAAAUGUGCUUGUCUGAUUUGUAGUGAAUUCAUUGAUAUGAAUGAUCAUAGUUGUACUUCUGCAGUAGUUAUCAAUAGAGAAUGUAGUGUAAAUGAGCUAAUACAAGCAUGAGAAGCAAGAAAUAUAUAGAGAUGGUUGAAAUGCAUGAAAGCCCAAUUUUGUGUUGCACCCAUUCAAUUUCAGAAGAGAUACCAGGGCGUAUCUAAUUUUUGGGCCAUCAGACAAGUAUCAUAUGCAUAGACAUCAAAGUUAGAACUUAAACAUAACUGCAGUAUGCCAGCGCUCAGAUGCCAGUGUACUGUACCAUAAUUAAUAGUUUCACUGUUCACUUUCUUUGAGUUACAUAUGAAGUGUCUGAGUACAUUUCCAGAUCAUGUUAUACCAGAUUCCUUUUAAUUUAGAAAUGCAAAGUAUCUAAUAUUUUAGAUCGUUGAAAACAGUUGUUCCUUAAACUAAAUACUCUUAAUUAUAUGAGAAUUGGAAGCUUGCAAUGAAUUUGUUAUGCUAUCAGCAUUUUCAUUUUUUAAUGCUACGCAAGACAUGAAUACUCUAACCCUGCCAGUGCAAUGUUGCCAGACAAGAAUUGCUCUUAAAUGCACAUUAUUCCAUAAUAUAUUAAAGUGAAUUUCAUAUGGUCAGUGAAAUUACUGCAUAUACAGUAUCGCACUUAGGCCACUGGAGAUGGAAUGGUUGUGAAUAUCCAUAAUAUAUACUAAGUACAGUACAAGGAAACUGGUUAUAAUGCUUUAGUGUUCAUCGAGAUAUACAGUAUUUCAGAAUUGCCAUCACGUUGAAAAUUCUUAAAAAGUUUCUUUCAUCCUUUCUCAGCCUUUUCACAGUACAGUAUAUACAUGUAUAUUAUAUGCUGUACAAAUGAUACCUAAAAGCCAAAAAUUGUUUUUGUAGAUGUACCUAUAUAUGGGGAACCUAUUCUUUAGUCACCUGCACUUAAGCACUGCAAUUUUAAUUUUAUAAUACAUUAUAGGUAUCCCUCUAUUUACGAUCAUCCAUUUUACAAUAAUCUACAUUAAAAUUCAUUAAGUUUUAACACCCUCUUGCCAUUUAUGUUAGGCUAAACUCGCUGAUGCGGAAUAUAAACACCGGGGAAGAGCAUCUUUCCAUUCACUGUCAAAUCCAAGAUGGCUGAUAUGCACAGAAACUGCUUUUCCAUCCUCCGCACACUUCACCUACCUGUGCACUGCCUCAAAGCCACUAUGUGAAGUACAGUCCCACGCUCUGUUUAAAUGUGAUCGCAUCUGCCCUCACUCAUGUAACAAACGUUAUCUUUAUUAAUCGCUGUAUAACCUUGUGAUCGCUGUGAAACUUUACCAUUAUUGGUGAGAGUAAAAUUUUAUUCAGAUUUUUCUGCUUUGGUGAUCGUGAAGUGAUCAGUGUACAGUAACUGCUAAUAAGCAUCCUGCUGACUCCCACCUCUGGGAAAGGCAAGGAUUCGAGGAAGACCGUGUCUCGGAGACGAUGUGGCAGGCUUGUAAUUAUUAAUGUAGUGGGUAUUGUUAAAUUGUUUGGAAUUUAAUUAGUGUAGGAUCGUUUUUUCUGUGUUACAUGUCUGUUGGACAGGCCAGAAACGUAUCCCAUUGGAACCCAUGUUAAAAGGCUUGUGAUUUAUGUUAAUUCAGUUUGCGUUUGGGUUUUCAGAACCGCUACCCUAUCAUAAUUAACUUGUUACUGCUGAAAUUAUUUGGCUGUGGAAUCAUUAUCAAUGUUAUAACUCUUGAACCAUGUUAUCAUUGCAUGUUUCAUGUUCCAAAUACUGUAUAUCUCUGCAUCUGUAGUAAAGGAUCUUGAACAAGCUCCUAGUGAGCUGAUUUGUAAGCCAUGUCUUGCAAGAUAGAGUCAUCCCCCUGGUUCAUUUUUUGGAUAUUUAUCAUGUGGUUCACUAUAUAUGACCAACAGUACAUAUUAAGGUUUACAAGGUGGUCCUUAGCAGGAUAAGAUUGUAUAACCCUCCUGUAGUGUGUUAUGUUUUCUCCAGGGGGACUUAGAAGAAACAAAUCAUGGACUUUUUUUGGUUGAUAAACACAAUGUAAAUUGGUGUACAGUAACUAUAAAAUUAAGAACCAGUUUAAUGAAUCUUCCUCAGCCAAACAUAUAACUGAAGGGGUUGAUUAAAUCACUGUUACUGCCUUCCCCAUGAGUCAGACUUUAGGGUUUAUAAUUAGAAGUGUUUGCCUUGUUGUGAAGUUGCAAAUAUUUUCUCACAUGAUUGAUUGAUCAGUUGAAGAACAUAAGGGGAAUUCAUAAUGCAGGAGUUAGACUGUGAGUGAUUGAAUGUUUUAUAAUACAUAUUUUUUUUAUAUGACGAAUGAAUGGUACAGUAGAUAUUUGUUACACGUAGAGGAUUUAUUUUGAAUAUUUUACUUCAUGUGAAUGACAAGCAGAAUGUUGUUGAGUCAGAUUUAGAAGAUUCAUGAGUAAAAUUGCAUAUGGAUAUAUGGAUGAUUGUUGAGAACGUUUUACUUCAUUAAGGUUACUGGUAGUGAAUUUUGAUUGUAACUGAAAGUUCAACUAACUGUUUGGAAUCCUAAAGCCCUGUCUCAUAUAUUAAGUAAUUUGUCCCUUUCUAAACAUAAUUAUUUUCAUUCCAGAUGACUAAGUUCCCGAUGUCCUUUCAUAAAUAAUAAUCCAUAGUGAAAGGGAAAUUUUCCUGGAAAAGGUGCGUUACCUAGAACUGACCAUGGGUGAUAGCUCUGUAAUUUGAGUGCAGUUUGGUACUGGGAACUUUCCAGAGAGUUUAUUAACCAAUUGGAUUGUUAGUAUCUAGGAACUUUCUAGAAGUAGAUUAGAAAAAGGACAACUAGAUGCUAGGUUUUGGCUGGGCUGAGCUGAGCUUGCUAACUUCAAUUGACAUGGUGAAUUUUCAUUAAACUUUAAUAUAGUGGUAGAUUUUCAUUGAAAUGAUAAUAAAGUAUGGGGUUAUAUUCAGGAAAGGAUUCUCAAUUCUAAGGUUAAUAAUGUACCUGCAUGUGAAUAUGUACUCCUUUAAUUAAACUGAGGUACUAGUGUGUACUUAAGGCCGUUAUGAUAAACUGUAUGCCUGAUUGAGAUUUAUUUUCAGGAAUAUAACUUUCAGCUCAGAUCAGCAUGUGCUGUGAUGGAACUAUACACCAUUUGGGACAGUAUUCCUGUUUAUCCCCAAACCAUUAUGCACAGAGUAUGGUAGUUUUGAUGACGUCCUUGCCUUCCAUUAAUACCAACUCCUACUGACAUUUGUAUUUUUUCUAUUCCUGUUAACUACAUUGUAGCUUCUGGAUGAAGUUUAACCUGCAUGGUGUUGAGAUUAUUCUCUGGUUGUUUUUUCUGUAGUGAACAUCACUCGAGUGUUUUCCACAGUUUGUCUCUACAUUAGCAGACACUACAGUAUCCAGCUCCAGUGGUCCUGGUCAACAUUAAUGAAAUCACAUCUGUUAGACAUUUUGAGAUUUGUGAAAAAUUUUUAGUUUGAAAUAUGUUUAAAUAUUGAAAUUAAUGAUGCAGCUGCUGGCGCCUUUUUAAGGAAGAAAUGAUAGGAAGUACAGUAUUGUAUUUUUUCUUUCAUUACAUAUGGUAAUUAGAAGAGAAGAAAUGCUAUAAAUUAAACGUGUAUAUACACACAAAACUAUGGAUAAUCUAAAGUUACAAAUGCAUGUUAUUUACAGUUGUGUGAUUGAUAGGUUAAUAUAGAAAAGUUGUCAUAGAACAGAAAUCUUUUCACUUAUACAGUAAUUGUGUCUCUCAAAUUAACUGAUUCCAUUAGAGUAUGUAAUACGUCUUAUGAUAUCCACCUUGUUUAUGAAGUACUACUAGACAAUUUAAGUACUCGGUGGCAUGUAAUUUUUUUCUGCUAGUCAUUCACUUGUCAUUUGUACAGCUUUUAAGAUAUCAUUGGAAUAUACUAUUGCCAAUAAACAGUACCCAUA